CUCUCUCCCUCUAAUCUUAUCUUCCACCAUCACUAGUUCCAGGACACAAAACUACCUGUGAUCCCCAAACUUAUUACCCAGUCCUUCACCUUCAUGCUUUUGUUAAUACACCCUAGAAUAACCUUUUCUCCAUUUUCUGUCUAGAUAAUCCCUGUUCUAUUAUAACAUUUCCAACUCCAGCAACACUAUUCCAAAUUAAUUUUUUUUUAAACCAGCAACUGAAGGAUAGUUAACAGAUGCUACAAUUCCAGUACACUUUGCUCAACACAGAAUGAAAUUUCUUUUGUGCCUUUAUUUCUGAGACACAGAAUAGAUUUCUUCUUAAGUCAUUGUACGUUUUGCUUUCCAUUGGCUGGUAAUGAGAUUUGGAAUAUAAUUUCAAUCAAAAUGUUAUAACAAGGGAUAUAGAUGGUGAAGAAAACUUGGUGACAAAACACAAAGAAACUAUGAGAGGAAGAGGCUCUCAGCUGUUUUCCUAAAUCCUAUUAGCCAUUUCUCCAUCUCCUUCUCCCGUUCCUUCCCUCUCUCCCUAGUUCUCUGUCCCUAUCUCUCUGAGUGUCUCUCUGUCUGCAUCUCACACACACAUAUGUGCCUGUGUGCACACACUUUUCUUCAGGUAAAAGAAAAACAUCACUCUCUCUGUGUUCUUUAUAAAUCCCUCGGGUUUAAUAUUUUAUUGCCCUAAGUCUGCCUCCCUGAGGUUCUUGUAUAGACUCGUUAUUCCUCUCUGUAAAGAAGCUGUUUAGUCCAUCUUCGCCUGGUGUGUAAGAGCCCAAGGGAGGCAGUUCUUGCAGCCCAGUCUUCCACCCCCCGCCCCAAGAGUCUUGGCUGGAGCAGCCAGUCUGUCAAUCCCAGGCGGGAGACAAGGCAGACAAAGGUUCAUUUGUGAAGAAACUCCUUCCAGCACCUCCUCUCUUCUCCUUCUGCCCAAGCUCACCCAGCGAGUUGGAGCAUUUUAAGAGUCCCUCUGACAAGAAGACCAGAAGGAAAGAAGAAAAGGUAUGUCCAAAAGCCAAAAUGAAAUUUAUAGUACUUGUCACCAUUGGGCUAACUUUGCUGCUAGGAGUCCAAACCAUGCCUGCAAGUCGCCUCUCCUGCUACAGAAAGAUACUCAAAGACCGCAACUGUCACAGCCUUCCAGAAGGGGUAGCUGACCUGACAAAGAUUGAUGUAAACGUCCAGGAUCAUUUCUGGGAUGGAAAGGGAUGUGAGAUGAUCUGUUACUGCAACUUCAGCGAAUUGCUCUGCUGCCCAAAAGAUAUCUUCUUUGGACCAAAGAUCUCCUUUGUGAUUCCUUGCAAUAGUCACUGAAAAUCUUCAUGUAUUCCGGAGAGCACCAUCGCUAAUUUCACAGAACCUGCAUUUCUACUUUCUAUCCAUGUGCAAAGCACAGAUUUUAUAAAUUCUCACUUGUCUAAGACAAGUAAACUUGUGUCAAACAAGUAGUAAUAAAAGUUAAUUCAGUU